AUGCUUCAGCAACAAUACGGAUUCCAACUAGCAAUUCGAGACAUUACACAAGCAUACACCCAAUCCAAUACACCGCUACACCGCGAAAUCCUUGCACGACCGCCUCGAGAAAUUACAGAACGGUACCCAGAGGGUACAAUCUUCCGAGUAAUGCGACCGUUAUACGGCAUUCCAGAGGCAGGAGCACAUUGGUUCCUAACAUAUCAGAACCACUACAGGGAUAAGAUGGAAAUGGAUGCAAGCAGCUAUGACCCGUGUUUGAUGGUAUCGCGUUCCGAGAGUAAAUCUAUUGGAAUUGUAGGAAUGCAGACUGACGAUACAAUACAAUUGGGCAAUACGGCAUUUAUGGAGAUGGAGGACCAGAGCCUACAGCAACACAAGAUUACAGCAAAGCCAAAGACAGUACUCACCAAUAGGUCCAUUAAGGAUUUUAACGGACUACAAAUUAGUAUCGAGAACGUCAAUGCAACCGACCCCAACCGAGACCAGCAGUAUAUGCAACAACGGGUACGCGGCGCAUACCUGGCCUCUCUUUGCCAACCAGAGGCAGCAAUGGAUUACUCGGUAGCAGUACAAGCACAAUCACCGACCGAUACUGAUAUUCUUGCACUCAAUCGACGCAUACAAUGGCAACUGGAUUACAAAGACCGUGGAUUACGAUUUAUCCCACUUUGCACAACGGACCUAAAGAUGUUUAUCUUUGCGGACGGAUCAUUUGCCAACAACAAAGACCUGACCUCCCAGAUUGGCUAUAUUAUUGUACUUGCCAACGAAAUGGAACACACAAAUGAGCAGUUCAAAAUCCAAGCAAUACGACAGAGCUACGAGCGACGAGAGAUAUUAGAGAUCCGUUGGAUUAACGGAAGCGAGAACCCAGCCGAUGCAAUGACAAAGGUACAGCCAAAUCGGAAACUGGAACGGCUUGUAUCUACGAACCAGAUUGAUAUACGGAUUGAAGGUUGGGUCGAUAGGGAGUAA